AUGUCUCUCAGGAAUCGGCACGCUGCUUAUUCGCGGCUGGGGUACUCUCGCGAGCUGCAUGAGAAAGUUCAGGCAGUCGAGCUCCCUCCAACUCGAGCCCAGCUGACAGAGUCUAAAAGCAUCCAAUGCACCAGGUGCUUCUCUGAUCUGCCCGCCUCAGCGUUCUCCCGCCGCCAGAUCAACGAACUCAAGGAAAACAUCUACAUGGAAGGGGAGGAGUUUUUGCUCGGCGACGAAAUCAAAAUCGCCUGCAUUCCCUGCACCUUCAAUGAGAAAUGCGAGUCCCGUUGCCGCAACUGCAAUCAGAUUAUGAGCGUUGAAUACUUUUCCCGGGCUCAGCGCAACUUGGACAAGCCGAUCUGCCGUCGGUGUCGCUGGCAUAUGGACAACCCAGAGCCCAUGCGACCUCUUGAAGAAAGGAGCGAAGACCCCAAACCAGACGAACCUGCUAAGCCGAAGCUCGAGGUAACCCGAACUGGCUGGGUGAAAGUCCGGCGAGGCGAUGACGAAAAGGCUGCUCCCGACAUGGUGAAAGAGUCCCGCGUGCACAAGUACGCGGUUUAUGGCCCCCCUCGCUUCAUUCCCCGGGAAGCUUUUGGACUUAUUGUGGGUUACCAUGAUUGCCUUUAUGUGGAACGGGCUUGCAAGGAUGUUUACUGA